CCUUGUUUUACCUUUUUAAAGUUGGGGAUUUUGGUUAUUAAGCUUUUAACAUUUUUAAAUUGGGUUCCUUCAGCUUUGCUGGUUUAUUUUUUAUUAUGAUAUGACAAAUUGUUAGGGUUAGAAGAAGAGGGAAGAUGGGAUUGGGUUUUGAGGAAGGAAAGGUGAAGUCUUGGGAUACGUGCAAAUCAAAGGGAAGGAAGAAGAAGAAAAACAGUGAAAAAGAUCUUAAUGAUGAAGCUGCUGUAGAAGAAACAGGGUGUUGGGUUAAGUUCAGAUUUAUUAGAAGCUGCAUUUCUUCAAGAUCCAAAGUUGAUACUUCUGUUAGUGGGACCAGUACCAACUAUGAUAGCAAAUCUGCCUAUGAUACCAGUAAAGAUCAACCAACAGCUCCAGUUGUCUCAUCUACAACCACUAGCAAUACAGAAAGUAGUUCUUCUGCUUCCAAACUUGAAGAUGAGAUUAAAGUUGCAUCUAGGUUACGGAAGUUCACAUUUAAUGAUCUAAAGUUGGCAACAAGAAACUUCAGACCUGAGAGUCUUCUCGGUGAAGGUGGUUUUGGUUGUGUUUUCAAGGGGUGGAUCGAAGAAAAUGGAACUGCUCCAGUAAAACCAGGCACUGGGCUUACUGUUGCUGUUAAAACACUCAACCAUGAUGGCCUCCAGGGUCAUAAAGAAUGGAUGGCCGAAGUGAAUUAUCUUGGUGAGCUCAUCCAUCCUAACCUGGUUAAACUUAUUGGUUAUUGUAUUGAAGACGAUCAGAGAUUGUUGGCUUACGAGUUUAUGCCUCGUGGAAGCUUGGAGAAUCACCUCUUCAGAAGAUCCUUGCCUCUUCCGUGGUCCAUAAGGAUGAAAAUUGCACUAGGUGCCGCAAAAGGUCUUGCAUUUCUCCAUGAAGAGGCAGAAAGACCUGUGAUUUAUCGGGAUUUCAAAACCUCUAAUAUCCUACUAGAUGCAGACUAUAAUGCAAAGCUCUCUGAUUUUGGACUUGCUAAAGAUGGUCCUGAAGGAGACAAAACCCAUGUAUCAACCCGUGUGAUGGGAACAUAUGGCUAUGCAGCCCCUGAAUAUGUAAUGACUGGACAUCUUACCUCAAGAAGUGACGUCUACAGUUUUGGUGUGGUUUUACUUGAAAUGUUAACUGGCAGAAGAUCCAUGGACAAAAACCGACCUAACGGAGAGCAUAAUCUUGUGGAAUGGGCUCGACCUCAUCUAGGUGAGAGAAGAAGAUUCUAUAGAUUGAUCGAUCCUAGGCUUGAAGGUCACUUUUCGAUUAAAGCUUCUCAGAAAGUUGCACAGCUGGCUGCACACUGCCUAAGCCGUGAUCCAAAAGCUAGACCUCUAAUGAGUGAAGUGGUUGAAGCAUUGAAGCCUCUACCAAAUCUCAAGGACAUGGCAAGCUCAUCAUAUUAUUUCCAGACAAUGCAAGCGGAAAGAGUCGGAUCCAGUCCAAUUACUAGAAAUGGUGUCCGAAAUCCAGCCGGAUCACUUUCAAGGAAUGGGCACAGGAGCCUUUCCAUUCCAAAUGGUUCCCAUGCUUCUCCCUAUCAUCACCAGUAUCCCUAUCAAUCACCAAAACCCAAUGGUAAACCAUAGUGUUGACUAGUUAAAUUAUCUUUCCCCAACCUCUUUUCAUCAAUUUCUUUUUUCUUUUUUCUUUUUUACCUCAGUAUAGAUGUAUUAUGUCAAAGCAUUUCUUCGUAGACAAUGGAGAAAACAACAGAUUAGCAUGUUUGCUUUAAUAUAAUGUUUGGGAUUUUAGCUCCCAGCAGGACAUUCAGGUCAAGUAAAGCUACAUGUGGAGCAAAAUUCCAUGUUAAAUCAUAUGUUGCUUUAAUCUACCUAGUUGAAAGAGUUGAGUUGCCUGUUGCUAUAAUAGUCUUCCAUACAGGAAUA